AUGUACACAAGUGUUAAAAUUAUAGCGAGUAUCAAUGGCCAGAAUAUUGUGUAUCAGCAUCCAAGAGGGAACCGUGAAGUGAAAAUAGAUUUAAGUUACGGAAAAACAGAAGAACGUAUGGAACGCAGUGAAUUACCUCUAAGUUUUCAUAACCUUAUUAAGAGAGAUGAAGAACUGUACGGCUACACAAACUACGGUAUGGAACCACAGACACCUUCAACGCCGGGGGACUGUUUGCAGGGAGUAUUCCAAAAUCUGGAUUCCUUGAACCCUGGAAUCGAUUCCGAUUUUGAUGAGAGUCUCGCUGUUCCCGAAUCUUUGUCCAUUAUUGAUAUUGAGAAGGCCAAAGAAGAGGUUGAUGCUGGCGCUCCUUUAGCAACAUCGGUUCCAUACAAAUCAAUCCAUGACCCACCGAUUAAGUUUAAUUCAGUACACAGGAAAGUCUUCAUUCCCGGGGUUGAAAUAAAAGUUAGAUUUGUGGAAAAUGAGAGAAGUGUCACGACUCAUUUGCUUAAUCCAAAUUUAUACAAGAUAAAUCUCCAACAUGGAGACUUCACGUGGACCAUCAAGAAGCGUUACAAGCAUAUACUGUAUCUGCACCAACAGCUGUCUUUAUACAGAGCGUCGCUCAAGAUACCGUUCCCUACUAAAACGCAUAAAGUUAGACGAGCCAGUUUCAAGAAUACCAUUGACAGUGAAGAAAAAGCUGAGAUAGUCGCCCUGCAAGCUGUUCCGAGGAGUAAUUCGAGGAGACGGGAGGGGAGGCCUAAAAAGAGAAAAGGUGCUUUGCCCCGAUUCCCCCGUAAACCCGAAGUGAUGGUCACAUAUGAAGGUAUCCAGUUACGUAUGAAGCAACUCGAAGAAUAUCUUUAUAAUCUACUCAAUAUAUCUAUAUACAGGAAUCAUUAUGAAACUGUGAAGUUUCUAGAAGUUUCUCAUCUGUCAUUCAUAUCGGAGUUAGGUUGUAAAGGGAAGGAGGGUCUGGUUGAGAAGAGAACCGGUUCAACCAGGCCAGGCCAGGCUGGGUGUAAUUGUUUUGGACUUCUAGGGAACAUGGUGUGUGUUAGGUGUAACUACUGUUGUACGGGUCUGAUGUGCGCCAAGUGGCAGGAGAGAUGGUUCUUCGUGAAGGACACGUUCUUUGGGUACAUAAGACCCAGUGAUGGAAUCGUUAAAGGUGUUAUGCUGUUUGAUCAAGGGUUUGAAGUAUCAUCGGGUAUGUAUUCCACCGGUUUGACAAACGGGCUCCAGAUAUUAAACCAGAGCAGGCAGAUGGUGAUCAAGUGUUGGACCAAGAGACGGAGCAAGGAGUGGAUGAGCUACCUCCGAACCGUCGCCAACCAGUCCGCCCGCUGCUUCACAUCCCCCAACGUGCACCAUUCCUUCGCGCCGCCCCGUUCGUCAACCCCGGCCUGCUCGCUAGUUGACGGGCGCGACUACCUAGCAGCUGUAGCGGACGCUAUGGAGCUGGCGAAACAGGAGAUAUACGUGGCGGACUGGUGGCUCAGCCCCGAGUUACAUAUGAAGAGGCCCGCGUUACACGGGGACUACUGGCGGUUAGAUACACUGCUGAAAAGAAAGGCGGCGCAAGGCGUGAAGGUGUUUAUAAUGCUGUACAAGGAGGUGGAGAUGGCUCUCGGUAUCAACAGUUUCUACAGUAAAAGUAGAUUAGCUAAUGAAAAUAUUAAGGUGUUCCGUCACCCAGACCACGCUAAAGCCGGCGUCUUGUUCUGGGCUCAUCACGAGAAAAUAGUGGUCGUGGAUCAGACUGUGGCGUUUUUGGGGGGCAUUGACCUCUGUUACGGGAGAUGGGAUGAUCACAAACAUAGACUAACAGAUCUAGGCAACAUCCUACAUCCUAAGUCUGUCAUAAAAACUAAGAAGAAAACAUCGAGUUACCCGGCCGGCGGAGUGUACGUCGAGUCUGGGUUGGAACUGGCGAAAACUAGCAGAGAUAUAGUUAUAGGACUACAGAUACCGAUACAAGAAGUAGGAGAAAUAAGUGAAGAAGAACCAGAAAAACAAGAGGAAACGGAAGUACAGAAACCAGAAAUGAACAUAGAAGACAAGUUACUACAAGUUGGGUUACAGAAUGAUAUUAGUGACGGAGAACAGAAGAAAAACGUACUAGACAAAAUAACGGAUAAAGGAAAAGACUUUAUAAGCAUCAUAUACCCACCCUUCGAAGAAGAGAGGAACGAACAGAAAUUUGACGAUUCGGAACGGAAAAAGGCGGAAAAAUACGCGAGGUCCAACGAAGAAGUACUACUGUCUAAUGUAUUAGGAAUUACUAAAGAUAGUGAGCACGCGCCCUUAGCAAGCGUCGUGGAGGGAAGGGUCAUUACUGAGAACACGCAGAAGGCAUUGGAGGGUAUAGAGGGGAACUCGAAGUUGUGGAUAGGAAAGGAUUACGUUAACUUCAUAGUUAAAGACUUUAAUAGUCUAGAUCUGCCAUUUGUUGACUUAGUGGACCGUAAUACGACUCCUCGUAUGCCGUGGCACGACGUGGGCGUGAUGCUGCAAGGAGCGGCCGCGAGGGACGUGGCCAGGCACUUCAUACAGAGGUGGAACGCUAUUAAACUGGAGAAAGCCAGACAGAACACAAACUACCCCUACUUGCUUCCUAAGACCUACAAUGACAUAGAGCCGUUGAAGGAUUUGGAAAAUGUAUUGAACAUAGAUAUGACGAACGUCUCCUGUCAAGUUCUUCGCAGCGCCAGUUCGUGGUCGUGCGGGUUCUUAGAACCGGACACAGUGGAACAGAGUAUACACAACGCGUACGUGGAUACUAUCACACGCGCGCAGCACUACGUGUACAUAGAGAACCAGUUCUACAUCACGCUGUCUGCCUCCAGUCACAGCGUUAGGAACCAGAUAGGCGAGGCGUUAUUCAACCGUAUAGUCCGCGCGCAUCGUACGGGCGAGUCGUUCCGUGCGUUCGUCGUGAUGCCCCUCCUGCCUGCCUUCGAGGGGGAGCUGGGAGCGGCGUCGGGCACCUCGCUACACGCGGUCACACACUGGAACUAUCGGAGUAUAUGCAGGAGUCGCGAGGCGAUCCUGACCCGUCUAUAUGAGGCAGGUAUUACGGACCCCUCCAUCUACAUAACGUUCCACGGCUUGAGGACGCACGCACAGCUGGACGGCGAGCCGGUCACCGAGCUGGUGUACGUGCACUCCAAGCUGCUGCUGGCUGACGACCGGGUCGCUAUAUGCGGCAGCGCGAACAUCAACGACAGGUCCAUGAUCGGCACUAGGGACUCGGAGAUAGCUGUGCUGCUGCAGGACGAACAAUUCGAAGACGGUACUAUGGGCGGUAAACCGUUUCCCUCUGGCAAGUUAGUGGGUGGGCUGAGGAAGAAGCUGUUCCGGGAACAUCUGGGACUACUGGAUAUAGACUUGGAGAGGAUCGGUCUUAAUAUAGAGGAUCCUUGCAGCGAGGAGUUCUAUAAAGGAGUCUGGCAGGCUCGGUCUAGACUUAACACUGAGAUAUAUGAAGAGGUAUUCCACACAUUGCCAUCGGACUCGGUUCAUACAUUUGCCGAACUAAAGAAAUAUCAAGAAGAGAACAGCGAAAGUCUUUGGCACAGAGACCCGGCACUGGCUAAUAGAAAGAUAGAUCUCAUACAAGGAUAUUUAGUAGAUUUUCCAUUGAACUUCCUCUGUAACGAAGUACUCACACCCAAAAACACUACUAUGGAAGGAAUGCUACCGACAUCUCUAUGGACAUAA